UACUUGAUUUUUUUUAACGGGCUGAGGGUUUUUUUUUUCCCUUGGUUCAUAUGGACUGGCGCAAGCUGAAUGUGUCCAACAAAGGCAAACCAUCAUCGUCUUCCCACACAGAGUCCCCCAUGUAUGUUAACGGAUUGCACGAGGUCAGCACCAUCGGCGUCUCCCUUGACCGCAAUAUAGCAUCAUACUGUCAAAUUUUCAAACUUUAUCUACCUUCCCCUCGUUAUUCCCCGUGGAAGACGAUGAUGGAGGUCGUAGGAUGACACUUUCUUGUCUUUGUAUUAUGAAGAGCCCCAAUCCGUAGCCUGUUAUCCCGCUCUCCCUCCACUACACUGUGUUCAGAGUUCUUCGUUGUAUUCCACAUUUGCUAAUGUGUGUUCUUUAGACAAUGACUUGCAAUUAUCAGAC